CUGCAUUGAAUCUGUCACGUAAGUACACACACAUCGAUGGGUGCACGAAGUGCAAUGUGCGCUUCCAACAGGUCAAGGAUUUCCCUUUGAUACUUCUGAUAUGGAAAUAAACAACAUAAAUUUACAAAACAACAGCCUGCAUUGAGGACCCCUAGGCCACAAGGUUUAUAAAGAGGAGCAAAGGGGAGUGUUAACAUGGAAGCUUCCUGCUCCCUGCCGAGCCAAAAUCUUGCCUUCAAAGCUAGUUAAUGCUUAAACAGCAAUGGAGCUAUUGGUGUCAGAGCUGAAUGUGCUGUUGAAGUUGUUGGACCAUGAGACCCUAAGCUCUGCUACAGAAGAGAAGAAAGCAGCUGUGAAGAACCUGCUAAGACAGAUGCAGCCCUCAGUCACUGGAAAAGACUAUAUGUACGUGAACACCUCAGUAAACAGAAACGUAACCAGCUUUGUUGAGUCACUUUUUGAGAAGUUUGAUUGUGACCUUGGGGACCUGAAAGUUGAAUUAGAGGAGCAGAAGAAAGAGCCAGAGUCAGACCACACAGACCACAUUCCUUCUAAGCCACAGAGCACGAAAGAUUCUCCACCCCCCCUGCCCAACACACCACCUCCGGAGGAUUACUAUGAAGAGGCCAUGCCACUCAGCCCUGGCAAGGUGCCAGAAUAUAUCACUAGCCGCAGCUGCUCCAGCCCUCCAAACUCCAUUGAAGAUGGAUAUUACGAAGAUGCUGAGAAUAAUUACCCAACCACGCAAGUGAAUGGACGACGCAAAAACUCCUAUAAUGACUCAGAUGCCUUAAGCAGCUCUUAUGAGUCAUAUGAUGAGGAAGAGGAUGAGAAAAGCCAGCGUUUGACGCACCAGUGGCCCUCAGAGGAGAACUCCAUGGCCCCAGUGAGAGACUGCCAUAUCUGUGCCUUCCUUCUGAGAAAGAAACGUUUCGGCCAGUGGGCCAAACAGCUCACUGUCAUCCGUGAAAGCAGACUCCAGUGCUAUAAAAGCUCUAAAGACCAGUCCCCCUACAUGGACAUUCCACUCAGCCUGUGCUCGGUCAUCUAUGUGCCUAAAGACGGGCGAAGAAAGAAGCAUGAGUUGCGUUUCUCUCUUCCUGGAGGAGAGGCAUUGGUGCUGGCAGUGCAGAGCAAGGAGCAAGCCGAGAAAUGGCUCCAAGUGGUGCGUGGCGUUACAGGUCAGGGAAAUGGGUUUGACAGCCCAUCAUCUCCCUCGAUUCCUAGGAAAAAUGAACUGGAUAAGUGGCUGUCUGUGGAGAAGCAAACCUCCGAUUCUGAUAGCAUGCCAAGUGGUGAAAGUGCCCGUGACAGCCGAGAAAAUGGUAAACCUAAGCGAGGUGCACUGUCAGAGCUUACAGGCACUGUAAGCCGAGCAGCAGGAAGAAAGAUCACAAGAAUCAUCAGUUUCUCCAAAAGAAAGCCACCACUACCAGGAGAUAGCUGCACAUCACUUGACCAGGACCCUCGGUGUGGUUAUGUGGGUGUGCUGGUGAAUCAGUGCUGGAGGGAGCACUGGUGUUGUGUGCGGGCCGGAUAUCUUUACCUUUACCACGAGAAAGGAGACCAGCGAAUCCCUCACUCUACUGUGGGUCUUAAAGGUUGUGAAGUUUUCCCAGGCCUGGGGCCUAAACACCCCUUUUCUCUUCGGAUACUGAGAGGAGGCGCAGAGGUGGCAGCUUUAGAGGUGAGUUGCUCGGAGGACUUGGGCCGUUGGCUGGGAGUUCUGUUGGCUGAGACUGGUUCCUCUGCUGACCCUGAGUCCCUACAUUAUGACUAUGUAGAUGUAGAAACUAUUGCCAACAUCCGCACAGCUGCCCGUCACUCUUUCCUAUGGGCCACAUCCUCAGACUCAAGAACAUAUGAUGAGGUCCCUUUUGAAGCCAUGGAGCAGGAAAAUAAGAGGCUGAGGAGAGGAACCCAAAUGAAACGUCAUUCUUUCUCCAGCAGUGACCCUGGAAAUGCCAGUCCACAAAUCACCCUAAAGUGCUACGGCUCCAACUCAAAUCAGUACGGGAGAUAUGGAAAAACACGGGCACUGGAGGAUGCAUGCCGCUACUUGAAAGAAAAAGAGGACCUGGACACAGAAAUAGACAGUAUCAGAAGUGGACUGGUGUCCCUGCGGAAGGACAAACGAGAGGCCAAAGAGAAGAUGAAAUGUGCAACAGAUAAGCAAUGGUUGGCUUUAGAGGAGCGUGUAACCCAGCUGGAGGAGAGCUGCCGUGUGAAAGAGAAUGAGCGUGUAGAUCUAGAACUUAAGCUCACUCAGGUGAAGGAAAACCUGAAGAAAUCUCUGGCUGGUGGAGCACUGGGGGCACCUGCAGAGUCUAAACCUACAACCAAGACGCAAAGGGCUGAGACUCCGUAUAUUGAGUCAUUUCUACUGGUCAACCGUGCUUCAGAAAUGCACAAGCGGCCCCCCUCCAUCUAUGCAUCCACAAAGGGAAAUGUAAUGCAGAGAGCAAAGGAAUGGGAAUCCAAGAAGGGGACAUAAGAAAACUGCUGAUCAGGACAACCUAAAAACUUGCCAUGUCAAGGUUAAGAGAACUUCCACCAACCUGCUGUAUAUGCAAGUCCAUUUACUAUGGUAACUGCCACUUGUAUGAGC